AUGUCAGCAGCGGCUGUAGUUGCUGUGGCUGCGAUCAACGACACGACACAGCAAGCACAACGGGGAAAUUGUCAAAGAGAGCAACAACAACGACGGUUGGAGCAAGAACAAGAGAGUCAACAACAAAGAGGUGAGAUUGAUGGUAGUAGUAGUAGUCGUUGUGUUGAUGUGUUUUCCAACGACACAACCCACGCCAACAACGAUGACAACAAUAAAUGUAAACAACAUUCGUUUGUUAGCCACGAACUGUUAUGCUCUUCUCGUCGUCGGCUGGAGAGUCUCUCCACUGAAGAGAGUAUCGUUUGUAUGAUAAAUAAAUCAACAAGUGGUGGUGGUGGUCGGGCGUCAGAGCAGCCCAACAACAACAACAUUGUGAGGGAGCACAAUAUCGUUGAGGGAGAAGAACAAACGACGACGUUAACGGUAAAACCCUCGUCGCUGUUGUUGUUGUUGCCUGCAUCAUCAUCGUCGCCGUCGUCUGAGGUAUUACAAAAUCAAAGGCAUAAAAACAUAACAAACGUAGCGGCCAAAGCCAGUUAUCAUAGAACUGUGGAAAAGGACAGAUCGCAGCUAGAAAUAUAUUGCAAAGCUCACCAAUGUGAACUACUGGUAGAAGAAUCGUCAAAGCUUUCUCAGGCCAGAAUUCAUCAAGAACAAGACAAAGACAAACAACAGCAACAAGUGGAUAUAAAUUUUACGCGAAUACCAAGUUUGGCAGAACGUAAAGCCUUGCUGAAACAGGAAUUUUUUAAAGAUUUCUCACAAUUGGAUACAAAACCAACAGCCGCAGCAACAUCAGGAGGAGAAUAA